CCUUGACCGACAUUGACACGGUUGAAGGUCUUCGUUUUCUCUUUACGUUUUCGGAUUUGACGGUGACAUCUGUACAAAUUCCCUUUAUUAAUUAGUCGGCAGGGGAUCCCCAUUAACAACUCACCGACACGCUAUGCCCUCGUUCUUGUCCAGGGUAUUUGGACGUAAGAAGGACGACAAAGAGCCAUCCGCGGGCCGUCGCACUUCGACUGUCUCCCUUCUCGAAGGAAAAUUCGAGGCCGUCUCACCAAAUGUGUCACUCCCGGCGGACAAGCUUCCCGAGGUGAAGGACAAGGAAAAAGGGAAGGAGAUUGGCCUUGGAUUGUUACGAACCAAGUCUGCUACCCCAGUACUCUCGCCAUAUGUCCCCUCUGAGGUUCCCCACCUUUCCUUAAACUUACCUGGGCCAAAGAAUGGCGCCAAUGCCCGUUCUUUAGGUGUCGUUUUCGAGGCAGAUCCUGAUUCUCAAAUUCUUUUGUCGCAGUCCGAUAUUGGAGCGCGUCGGCUAAAUCCAUUGGAGACCCUAAUAUUGGUUCGCGCAUGUUCUCAGGCCAUCGUCGCGCGAGGCCUCGAAACGCCAGGUCUCAUGCACCCUCACUGGUAUUCGGCCAACCCGCAAGUUCAGAAACGACUCAUUUCGCUUUUCGUACAUUCUUUGGCUCCCAAAAGCCCUAUAACAACGCUCUCUCCCACUCUUUCAUCGCCUACAUCAGCUUUUGAAUCUGAAAUUGACUCUACACGCUCCCCGCAUGAUAUCGCGGCGGUCCUAAGAUGGGGCCUUAGACAUCUGCAGCUGGAGGGCAAUUCUUUCGGCAAAGACCAAGCUUGGUAUAAGAUCUUCUUCGACACCGAGAGUUCUUCCCAAUAUCCUCUUACAGCUUUUGCGGACAGCCUCACUCCGCAGCUUCCUCCGGCUCAUCUUGAGCUAUUGACUACUAUCUUGGACCUCUUCUCGUCGCUCGCUGCGCACUCAGAAGCCAACAGCACUUCCGGUAGCAAGGUAUCCAAGCUACUUGGCUUAUGGCUCCUAGAAACCGCGCGUGCAGAGGAUAGUGAUACCUGGUCCUCAUUUUACGCAAGAUGGGAGCGUGCUGGACGGAUGAUGGAACACAUUUUCUUGUCAAAUAUCAGACAAGAAAUGGUAAAGAACAGGAUGCCUAAGCGUCUCACAGAACUCGUGAAACAGUACCCCUACAGCAAGUCUCCAACUGAUGAAGAUCUCUUACCCCGACCAUGGUUCUCAACACGACAAUAUGACGCCCUUUAUGUCCAUGUAGAUACAGAAUUACCCACAUCCGGCCUACAAAACUCAUACCAUCCCCUCCGACUGAUAUCUGAUGCUUUUAAAGCGCAGCCUGGCUCAACGGACCAUAUAGAACUAUGGAAUAGGAUUAAGCAGGUCGCCGCGGAAGGUGAUAACUCUUCACCUGGGAGUUAUUCAACACCCAGCCGCGUAUUUGCUGACGAAACCAUCCGGUUCCUCUCCUUACUACCCAUGGAGAGGACCACUUCUGAGACACCAACACUUAAUCUUGUUGAGCCUACAAGGAAGCGAUCAUUCGCCCCGAACGAAGAUAGAGCCGCAGUUGCAGCUGCCACUAACGGUAUUAACAACGGGAAGCUACCUGAUAUACCAUCAGUUCCCCUCUCGACGUCGAUGCCUUCCUCGACAAAUCAUAUUGGCAUGGACUGGGCCCAGUUCUCGACUUCCGGUUUCCUAGAAUCGCUGCCGCUCGGUUCCGCGCUUGCUUCUACCCUGAUGGACUCGGACCUCGAGGUCACGGUUCCCCCGGAACCAAAAAAGUCCAAGUUGCCGACCCGACGCAACGUGCCCGAGCUAAACAUUGAUAUAAAUAAAGCGGCGGCGGAAGAAACCAGCUCGACUUCCAAAGUGACCAGCGUGUCGUCUGUGCAGCUUGAUGAAACUUUCAUAGACUUUUGGAACGACGCAUUGGUGGACCCGAUAUCAUCAGACUGGCCGUCCUUUGUUAUCUGCAAAUUGAAGGGAUCAUUAUCCGACAUUGAAAUUGAGGGGAAGCGAGUUGAAUGGGUAGUUCUCGAGCAGACCUUCAGCAAACCACCACCUCCCCUGCCACCAGUAUCAGAGACUCACGUUUCGCCUUCGGUUGAAUCGCCUGGUAAACGGCCUCGAGCAUCUUCCCCUAAACCUUCCUUCAAAUCAGAUAUAUCCGGCACAUUCUCUUCGACGAGGAAGCGGUUUAGCUUCUGGACUGGUGGCGAUAACAAGUCGCCUACCAAGCGGAAGAACCCGAACCCCCCAAAGUCUCCCAAGAUCGGUGAGAUGGGCGAAAUUUUGAAGGAACAGGACGGGGAUACUAAGGUCAAGACCAAGGUCACGAGGAAGUCUGUGGAUGUGCCGAAGGAUAUUCCGGAGGAACGAGAGCCAGAGGGUAAUGCUUCUGGAGUGGGGGCUGCUACAACUGCCACAGCCGUGGGAGCUACUGUUGUGCUGGCUCAAGCUGCUGUUGAAGUCACAUCUGCUGAAUCAAAAGAAGUCCUCGCAACGGAAGUGGUCACCGCACCUGAAUCCAUACCAAACGAGACUGACAUCUCAGUUAAACCCCCUGCACCCACAUUUGUCGCUGACCCUGUUCCCGCGACCGCGACGGCACCUGUUGACGAAGUAGUCAUUGCUCCUGAAGUAAAAGCCGAGGAGGCUCCUACAACAGAAUCCGCUCCUGAAGCCGCCGUACCGGCUGGGGUCCCUCCUCCAGUGUCGAAGGUUGAAGACCUUGCAUCGGAAUCUGCGCUUGAAGUUAUCUCGCCAGUCGAUGCCACUCCGGUUCUGGAAGAAGUAGCUGCACCUAUCAGUGAAUCGGAAGGAGCUCCAGUCAGAGAGUCAAGUGAUAAAUCACCUCUCACCCUCGAGGAACCAGUUACCGCAUCUACUGAGGAAUCCACUGCUAUCCCUGAGGAAAGACUAGGUUCCAUACCCGUUGACGAGUCGGCUAUAACUUCUGUGGAAGAUCCGGUUAUGGCGCAGGUAGAGCCAUCGGUAUUAGCACCUACUGAAGGGCAAUCGGCGAACGACGUUGGCACCACUAAAGACAUCGCGCCUACAGGGUUGGCUGCUACCGUUCCUAUUGAAAGAUUAGAACCUUUACCCGUCGACGAGGCCCCUGCACCGUCUGUAGCAGAGACACCCGUACCUGUCGAAGUAGAGCCGGUGAAAAAUGGUGCUCCCGUUGAACACGUUGCAGAUUCAACCGAAGAAAGUUCGGUUGUUGUCCAACAGGAGGAUGUUCCAGCCCCAGCAGAAGAACAUGGGCCACUUUCGCUCUCUCCACCCGUUACAACGGACGUUGUGACAUCUGAGGUGGUGUUGGCACCUGCUCCUGAAGAGCAAGAUGUCAUUCCUGCUCAAGCCGAAGAGCCCGUCUCGCUACAGGCUGAAGAGAACGCCCUGCCCACAGUCGAAGAGGGUGCUACGGCUGUUGAAGAAAGCUCUGUCGAGAUCGGAGCUACUGCGCCAGCAGAAGAGACAGUGGAAACUUCUUCGACGGAUCCCGAAGUUGUGGGGAACGCUCAGACACCAAUAGUUGAGGACAAAGCUACGACGCCUGGUGGCGAGUACCACUUAAAGGCAACUCCUAAUGAGUCGGUACCAGCACCCGCCUCCUCAGUCAUCGACAAGCCUGAUGUGGCCGCCGCUGUCGCGCAACAACCCGGAGUUCUCUCUGGUGUCGAACCAGAAACUGUUGCUCCAGUCUCGGAUUCCGAAGACAAGCCUUCGCCGACUGACGUGCCGUUAACAGCAGAAUCCGAAUAUGUACCGCAGCAAGUGCCUACCGCGUUAGUUCCGGAGGAAGAGCUUGUCGAGCAGCUAGCAGUUGAUGUAGCCCCUGUUCUUGAUGAGCCUAGUGCUGCAGAACUUAGCGUUGUCUAUACCGAGCCCCUUCACGAAUCGACGUCAGAACCCCAAGAAGAGGACACGGUACCCUUGCCACCUCUUCUUGUGGUCGAGGCGGAUCCGGUUUUGGUGGCGCCUCCCCUAGCUUUAUCUGUUGUCGAGGAGGUCCGUGAGUCCCAGCUCACAGAACACGGCGAAAUCUCCUCUCCUGAUGUGAAGGCAGAACUCCCUCCUUCGGGCCCUCACGCUGUUUUGAGCAUAAGCGAAGUACAGACAAUAAAACAGGCCUCUUCGAUGGAACAUGAUGCUAUCCCGUCUUCGAAUGGUAGUCUUUCUAUUGGUUGGUCGCCAGUACUUUUUGUUUUUGUUUUUUUUCGAUUUUCCUGACUGGUAAUCUGCAGACGUUGGAAAUGCCGUCCUCGAGAAAGGAGACACGAGUAGCCUUAAAGUCCAGCCUUCUGAUUCAGUGACCCCUCCUGGCUUGU